AUGAUGUGUCUCAACUCUAUGAUCGCCAUGCUUGUUCAAGACGAGUCAUCACAAGCCGUCUGGAUCGAGACCGUGGACUACGAGUUCUCUGCACAGCGGGCAUCUGACACUGCUAAGGCAUUCAUACUCAGUCGAAAAGACCAGCAACAAGAACCGCAAGAGUCGGGCGAAGGAGGCCUUGUCCUAGAGGCCCAUGUGAAGAACGUACUCUCUAGGAUCCAAGUUUACAGCUGUCAAGAUGUCUACGAUGUGCUGAAUGCCAUUGAAAUGUUUCGCUCAACACAACGGCGUCCUGAUCCUCCCAGAAGUCAUCGACUGUCGCCUAGACUUUUUGUGGUGGAUUCCUUGAGUGCAGUAUUGACAAAUCUACUCCGGAUGGGCGACGGUGUAGGUCAUGCGACCAUGAUGCAUCUCUCACGAGAGCUCCGACAAGUCGCAUCUGACUUUGAUCUUGUAGUUCUGGUGACAACGCUGCCUGUCCAGAUUUCAUUUUCAGAAGAGAAGGCACCGUCGAUCUUGAUGACGAGUAAUGUGAAGCCUGGCUUAGGGUCGAGCUGGAAAUACGCGACCGAUUUGCAGGUCUUUCUCUCUCGAUUUGAAAUGACUGAUGGCGGUGGCAAUGGGACUAUCAAGCCCAGUAGAGACGGCUAUUCUCGACACCCGUCAAGAAAUGAGGUGGACGUGGAUAUGAGUGCAGAGAUAUCUGCCGAUGAGACUAUGGAUGUGAACGCAGAGACACGAAUUGUAGAAGUGAUAAAGUCCAAACGUCUGACAACAGGCGAAUGGUGCCUCUUCCAGCUCAAGGACUAG